AUGUUGAAUCUCAUGCGGAUGAUGGGAUCUGUACGCCGAAAGACCACAAUCAACGGUUAUGUCAGGGACGUUCGCGUUGGACGACAUCGCGACAAGCUCGAGCUAAUCCGGGACUCUCUACGACCAUUUGAGCAGACUGUCAAUGAGGUUCCAACGACGAAUGCUGUCGAACAAGCGGCUUCGGCGACGGGCGAAUCGACAACGAACUCGCCAACUGUCGAACAGCAACGUGCCAUGGUAGAUAGCCUUAUCGCACAAGGCUAUGAACAGGUAGAGUUUAUUCAGUUCCAGAAACCUCUAGAGUUGAUCUUCGGGGGUUCGUUCCGCAGGCAAGAAGGAUUUCCGGUUAUCGGAUGUGGUCCAGAAAAAUGA